CUCGGCCAACACACAGACGAGGGCUUUUAACCCUCGCUUUGGGUUUUCGAGGGUUUACUACUACAAAACUAACGCACCAACUACCACCUGGCCACAGGCCACCCCUGUCUCCCUCUCGUUGUAAGAAUUCACAGACAGUGUUGGGACUCUCUGUUUUUUUGCCCUUUUCCUUUGUCCGAGAAGAACAAUGAAGGGAGUGCAACUACUGCAGUUGCUGUUUGUUGUGUCAAUCUGUUUCGGUGUUUCUAGCGGCGGAGCCUUCGAUCUGGCAUCGGACAGGGCGGCUCUACUGGCGCUCCGUGGCGCCGUGAAAGGACGCUUGCUCCUCUGGAACCUCACGGACGCGACUCCGUGCAACUGGACCGGCGUCACGUGCCUGGAAGAGCGAGUCACCGAGCUGCGCCUCCCCGGGACUGGCCUAGCGGGCCCACUGCCUCUGGGAAUCGGGAACCUGACCCAACUCACCACGCUUUCGCUCCGCACCAACGCGCUCACCGGGCGCAUACCCCCCGACUUCGCCAACCUCGCUCUCCUCCAGAACCUGUUUUUGCAGAACAAUUCCUUCUCCGGUGAAAUCCCGGGGUUCAUGUACGAUAUGAAGAGCCUGAUGCGUCUGAUUCUCGCUAACAAUAAUUUUUCCGGGGAGAUUUCGCCUCGGAUUAACAAUCUGACCAAGUUGGGUACUCUGUUUCUAGAGAGUAAUAAUCUCACUGGGUCGAUUCCUGACAUUGAUAUCGGACCUCUGGCUCAGUUCAAUGUUUCUUUCAAUCGGUUAACUGGGCCGGUGCCGAAACGGCUUUCGGUUCAGCCCACCACCGCUUUUAAAGGCAACUCACUUUGUGGGAAGCCAUUGCAGGCCUGCCCUGGGAGUCGGAACAAGUUGUCCGGUGGAGCGAUUGCGGGGAUUGUGAUCGGGUCAUUUGUUGGUUUCGCGCUCUUUGUGGUUGUUUUGAUCGUUUUGUGUCAGAGGAAGAGUCGUGGGAAAUCGGAUUCGAAGGAUUUGGCGGCGGCGAAGCGCGGUGAGGUCGAGAAUCCGAGAGAGAAGUCUCUGGUGGAGAGCGAGAGUACGAGUGCGAGUGCUGAGUAUUCGAAAGGGAGUGUGAGGAAUGGAGCAAGUAAGAGUUUGGUGUUCUUUGCGAAUGUGGGGAAGGAGUUUGAUUUGGAGGAUUUGUUGAGAGCAUCCGCCGAGGUACUCGGGAAGGGGACUUUCGGGACGGCGUAUAAAGCCACUUUGGAGUCAGGGAUGACUGUGGUGGUGAAGAGGUUGAAGGAAGUGACUGUGUCGGAGAAGGAAUUCAGGGAAAGGAUCGACGAGAUUGGGAGGAUGGUUCAUGUCAAUUUGGUCCCACUAAGGGCGUAUUAUUACAGCAGGGAGGAGAGACUUCUUGUUUAUGAUUGCUUGCCCUUGGGAAGCUUGUCUGCUCUUUUGCAUGGAAACAGAGGGUCUGGGAGGACUCCAUUUAAUUGGGAAACCAGGUCUAGCAUUGCUCUUGGAGCUGCCCGUGCGAUUGCAUUCCUACACUCGCAUGGCCCAACAAUCUCCCAUGGCAACAUCAAGUCAUCAAAUAUCCUCCUCACCAGAUCGUAUGAAGCUUGUGUCUCGGACUUCGGUCUUGUGCGUAUUGCGCUCCCCACCUAUACUCCCAACCGCAUUGAUGGUUAUCGUGCCCCGGAGGUGAGAGAUGCUCGCAAAGUAUCGCAAAAAGCAGAUGUCUACAGCUUCGGUGUGCUGCUUUUGGAGCUGCUUACAGGGAAGCCUCCCACUCAUGCUUUGCUAAGCGAGGAAGGUGUAGACCUCCCAAGAUGGGUCCAGUCUGUUGUUCGAGAGGAGUGGACUUCUGAGGUCUUUGACAUCGAGCUUCUCAGGUACCAGAGUGGUGAGGAGGAAAUGGUUCAGCUCCUGCAGAUAGCUCUUGAAUGUGCUGCUCAGUACCCCGAUAAGCGUCCUUCAAUGGCAGAGGUGACAAGUCGAAUCGAGGAUAUCUGUCGUUCUAGCUCGCAGCGAGAACAAGACGCUGAUCGUCUUUUGUUUAAUGAUCCUGAUGAUCAAGGGUUGUCAGCGCCAUCUUCAGCGCAGUUUUACUCAGUUGAUUCAGGUCCUGCGCCAUCUUCAGCAUAGUUAGUAUUAAAGGAAGAUCAGCAAUCUUCCAUCAUACGAAAUUUAGUGCUUUAUUUGUUUGUUUAUUCGUGGGUUCUUCUUUUAUCUUUUUUUGCCUUUACCCCUUUGCAUAGUACGAGUUUAAUUCCUUUAUCCCCUGUAGUUUAUACAUUUCAUUUCAUGGGGGAAUUUCAAUCAUAAUAUUUUUAUUUGGUUUAGUGAGGAAUGUGAACAACACUUACAUUGCUGCUCUA